UGAUUAACCAAUCUCCACUAUUCCACAUAUACUCUUGGUCUCUCUUUCUUUGAUACCUCUGAACACAAAUUCUCAAAUCUCAACCAAAAUCAUGUACCACGUCCCCAAUUCUUGUUUGUUUUUUUUCUUUCUCUCCUCCUUAUUCUACAAUCUUCCUUGUGCUUCAAGCAAAGAAGGGCUUGCGUGGUGUGAGACUACUCAGUUUCAGUGUGGGAACAUUACCGCGGGUUUCCCCUUCUGGGGUGGGAACCGUCCUGAACCUUGCGGUCAUGCGUCGCUGGAGCUUCGCUGCAACAGCAAAAACAUCACCUCUUUAAACAUCUUAAACCAUGAGUACAAUGUUUUCCAUAUAAAUCAAACAUCUAAUAAUAUUCUUAGACUUGUCAGAGCUGAUUUUUUAGGUUCUUUUUGCUCUGCUUCAUUCAAAACCACGAUCUUCUCUCCCGAAAUCUCUGAGCUUCCAAACUACAAGAACCUCACCAUUUUAUAUAACUGCAACCCUCAUCUUCAUUACAUUUCGAAUUAUACAUGUCCUGGGAGAGGUGUUGUCUCAGCGUAUCAAAACCCUAUUUAUCAAAGUUUCUGCCAAGAUAAUUUCACUUUGAGUGUUCCUCAGACAUACUUUCCAGAAGAUAAAGAACUGAAUCUAACUCAUCUGGAAACUGUUCUAAGAGAAGGAGUUGACGUGAUGGUGAAUACUGAUGAGAUAACGUGUGAAGAAUGUUCAUUCUCAAGUUAUUACGAACGCUGCAGUCCACCAUUUAGCUGCGGGGAUCAGGCCAGUCUCUUGUACCCUUUCUGGGUACGUGGCAGAGAAGACUGUGGCCAUCCCUAUUUCAAGCUUGAUUGUAGCAAAGAAUUCGCAGAGCUAACCAUCUCCUUUGCGACGUACAGAAUCUUAGAAGCCAACUAUGACUCUGGUAUCAUAAGACUCGCAAGAUUGGAUUACAUAAACAAUCUGUGUCCCCUAGACGCAGUGAAUGCGACAUUCCUUGACAGUGUACUUCCAUUCGCUCCUCAGACCGAGAUGCUAACAAUAUAUUACGGCUGCCAAAAACUUUCAUCUCCUGAUGCUUCUUACUUUGGAGAGCUUCAUUGUGGAAGUGAUAAAAAAGCUACAGCAAACUACUAUGUGACGAGAAACCUCUCCUCUCCUUCACUAUACGAAAGUAACGGCCUUCUAUCUGACAACUUGAGGGAAAACUGCAAAAAAGGUGUCAGUAUACCAGUGUAUGCAUCGGCCUUGAACACACCGCGUCUAGAUAGUCUACAGAAGACUCUUCAAAAGGGUUUCCAGGUUGAGCAUAAUGGAAACUGUUCAAGGUGCAUUGAAUCUAAGGGUGCUUGUGGAUACAAUCAGACUUCAGAAAAUUUUGUCUGCUAUUGUAAGGAUGGCACCUAUGGAAUUAAUUGUGCCUCUAGAAAGGGUAGUCACGGAACUUCUGUCACUAUUAUUCGCAUUGUUUCAGGUUCAGUAGCAGGGGUUCUUUUGUUUAUGGUGUUAAUAACAUUGUUUCUCCGUUUUCUUCGGGUGAGAGAAAUAAGAUUGAGACACCGGAACCUGAAGGCUCUUAUCCCGCUUGAACACUAUAGUUACACACAAGUGAAGAGAAUCACAAAGUCGUUUGCAGAAGUGGUUGGGAUAGGCGGAUUUGGGAUUGUUUAUCGAGGAACACUUGGUGACGGUCGUAUGGUUGCAGUGAAGGUCUUGAAAGAUUCAAAGGGUAAUGGUGAAGACUUCAUCAAUGAAGUUGCGAGCAUGAGCAGAACUUCUCAUGUCAACAUUGUCUCCUUGCUUGGUUUCUGCUCUGAAGGUUCUAAAAGAGCAAUUAUUUAUGAAUUUUUGGAAAAUGGGUCACUUGAUAAAUUCAUUUCAGGCAAGAGCUUAGUGAGUUUGGACUGGACGGCGCUAUAUAAUAUUGCCCUAGGAGUUGCUCGUGGUCUAGAGUACUUGCACCAUGGAUGCCAGACAAGGAUUGUACACUUUGACAUUAAACCACAAAAUGUACUCUUAGAUGACGAUCUCUGCCCCAAAGUUUCGGAUUUCGGCCUAGCUAAGCUCUGUGAGAAAAAAGGGAGCAUCUUGUCAAUAGUGGACACAAGAGGUACCAUAGGGUACAUUGCACCGGAGAUGAUCUCCAGAGUUUAUGGGAAUGUGUCGCACAAGUCAGAUGUCUAUAGCUAUGGAAUGUUGGUUCUUGAUAUGAUCGGUGCAAGGAACAAAGAAAAAGCUAAUCAAUCCUCUACUUCUAGCACAAGUACUAUGUACUUUCCUGAAUGGAUCUAUAAGGAUCUUGAGAAGGGAGACGAUGGACGGCUUAAUGGGAAUGGAUUCACCUGUGAAGAUGAAGACAUAGCAAAGAAGAUGACAUUGGUGAGUCUAUGGUGUAUUCAGCCUUCCCCACUAGAUCGUCCACCGAUGAACAAAGUUGUAGAGAUGAUAGAAGGAAACUUGGAUGCUCUUGAAGUCCCUCCUAGGCCUGUUUUUCAAAUUCCCACGGUCCCUGUACAAGACUCUUCAACAUUUUCAGAGGGUAUCUCUGGUUACGCAGAAAGAUAAUAAAAAAGCUUCCUAAAUGGAUUAACAACUAUUUAUACAUCUAUUCAAAAAGUCAUAUAUUAUCAACAUUCUGGAUUAACCAAAGGGUUUUUGAGUUGAACUA